AUGAAGUGUGGCACUGAGAAAUUGAAUCAGAAGGUGCCUCAGGGACAGGCUCUGCAGAAAGCCAUGGCUUUCUUACCUGCUCACAGUGAGGGUGCUGUGAACUAUUCUGACACUCACACAGCAGGCUGCCUCCUCACUGGCAUCCCUGGGCUGAAGCACCUUCAGCUGUGGAUGUCCAUUCCCUUCUGUACUAUGUACAUAGCUGCCCUGGUAGGCAAUGGCGUUCUAAUUUGUGUCAUCCUCUCCCAGCCAACCCUUCAUGAGCCCAUGUACAUAUUCCUGUGCAUGCUGGCUAGUGCUGAUGUCCUGCUGUCUACCUUCACCAUGCCCAAGACCCUGGCCAACUUCUGGCUAGGUUCUAGCCACAUCUCCUUUGAUGGCUGCCUGACUCAGAUGUUCUUCAUCCAAUUCCUCUUCGUGGUUGACUCUGCUGUACUGCUGGCCAUGGCUUUUGACCGCUAUGGCAUAUGCUCUCCUCUGCGAUACACUACAAUCCUGACAAGGAGGGUCAUGGGACAGAUUGCUGCUGCUACCCUGACCCGCAGUUUUAUAAUCAUGUUCCCAUCCAUCUUUCUCCUCAAGCGGUUGCAUUACUGCCGGAUCAAUGUCAUCGAACACACAUUUUGUGAGCACAUGGGUAUCGCCUGUCUGUCCUGUUCUGACAUUUCCAUCAAUGUCUGGUAUGGGCUGGCAGCUGUUCUUCUCUCCACAGGCCUGGACAUCAUUCUCAUUGCUGUUUCCUAUGUCCACAUCCUCCACGCUGUAUUCCACCUCUCUUCCCAAGAAGCCCGGUCCAAGGCCCUGAGUACUUAUGGAUCCCAUGUCUGUGUCAUCCUCCUGUUCUACAUCCCUGCCCUCUCUGUCUUUGCCUACAGAUUUGGUGGGAAACACAUCCCACGUUAUGUCCACAUCCUGCUGGCCAACCUCUAUGUGGUUAUCCCACCUAUGCUCAGUCCUGUGAUUUAUGGAGUAAGAACAAAGCAGAUAUUGGAAGGAGCUAAGCAAAUGUUUGCAAAUAUUACCAAAGAAUUUAAAUAG